GCUGCUGUAUUUCCUGCUUGUGUUUGAAUCAUGCUCCAGUACAGGCAAUAAUAAUAUGGCAGGAGUGAAACUCUUUGACAUCCUCAAAUAUCACAGAAAUUCACGCUGGAUAUACUGUCUGUUAUUGAUCCAGCUGUAUGCUGUGGACGCGCAGACUGACGGUAAUUAUGUGGUGACGGUGGCCGAUGCGAACUGGACGCUCGUUCUGCAGGACGAGUGGAUGAUCAAAUUUUAUGCUCCAUGGUGCCCGGCUUGCCAACAUUUACAGGCAGACUGGGAGAGUCUGGGCAGACAAAGUGAAAGUCUGGGCAUAUCAGUGGCCUGGGUCGAUGUUACACAACAACCAGGUUUGAGUGGGAGGUUUCUGGUUACAACACUGCCCACUAUUUUUCAUGCUAAAGAUGGAAAUUUCCGGAAAUAUGUAUCAGCAUGGACUAUUGAGGAUAUUCAAGCAUAUGUUGUGGAGAGGAAGUGGGCGGCAGUUGAACCUGUACCAGGAUGGAAAUCACCAUCUUCACUGCUGAUGUCAGGAACGGCUACUCUGUUUCAGCUGUCCGUGUGGAUCAGACAAAUCCACACACAUCUGACCAGUACUUUGGGAAUUCCUUCAUGGUGCUCUUACGUGAUAUUUGCCAUCAUUACGCUCUUUAUGGGACAGGUGCUCGGCCUGAUGCUGGUGUUGAUCGCUGACUGCAUCUGGCCAUCCAGACCAAAGCGCAUAGACAACAAAACAGUUUUGACUGUGAAAGAGGACGUGUCGGAUGAAGAGGUGGAAGACAUCCUCUCAGAAAACAAACGCACAUCUGACCUGGACAACGAGAGGGAGAGAGUGUCGGCUGAAGGGUUGACCGAUGAGGAAGGACAAAUCACUGACAGUUGCAGUGAGCUGCCUCCACCAGAGGGGGCAGCUGAGUGCUCAAUGAGAAAACGCAACCUGCAGGGGCUGAACACUUCAGAGGGCACUUAAUGCGUGCCUGCUGUCAGUGCUGUUGCCACCGUAAAGAAAAUGGCCAUAUCUGUAAGAUAUGCAAAGUGACGCCAGCUAGCAAUGACUUUUGCACCAUACGUGCAGAACGUGGUUUGCUCAUUUGACACUCUCCACGCAUGGUUAAAUUGAUUUAUGAAGACUAGUUCAUUUAUUGCUAAAAUUCUGAUGCCAAACAUUUACAGACCUACUUUUAAUAAUAUAUUUUGUUUAAAUGCCAAAAAUGAUACGAAUGAGCAUAAACACAAUUUUAAUGCUGAAGUCAUGUUUACAAUGUAUUCGGGUAUUUCCAUGAAAUCUGUGAAGAACAUGUCAGGGUCACAUUUCACCCCAAAAAUCAAAAGAAAUAAGACAUUUAAUUAUGCAUUAAAACAACGAAGCAAUAUUUUUUGCACUGUGUCAUUGUUUUUAUAAAACAUUAAAAACAUGCAAAAUAAUUAUUCGUAAUAUCAAAGUAUUUUUACAUUUACUGCAUUUAAAUUAUGCUGAUUUUAAUUAGUGUAUUUCAGUAAUUUUGUAAUAAAAAGUCAGCAUUUUUAUAUACAAAAUUGAAUGUAUUAUAGUAAUCAGAAUCAUGAUUAAAAAUAAUAACUGCUUAAAUAUUCAAAAUUAAAAUCACUGGAUGCAUUACAAUAAAUAGAUAAAUUAAUUUCAGUAAAAAUGACAUUUUCUUUAACAAAAGUAAUGACAAUUUUGGGUGAAAAUGUGCUAAAUUAUCAUGAAAAUAAUGAAAAAAACUUAAUGGU